AUGGGCCUCAGCAUCUUUUUGCUUCUUUCUGUCCUCACAGGGCUCUUACUUCUCCUGUUCAAGGGCCACUCAAAGACCCAUGGCCAUCUCCCAUCAGGCCCACGUCCUCUUCCCUUCCUGGGGAACCUUCUGCAGAUGGACAGAAAAGGACUGCUCAAGUCUUUCCAGCAGUUCCAAAAGAAGUAUGGAGAUGUGUUCACCGUGUACCUGGGAUCAAGGCCUAUAGUCAUGCUGUGUGGCCCAGAGGCCAUACGGGAGGCCCUGGUGGACCAAGCUGAGGCUUUCUCAGGCCGAGGGACAAUUGCUGUUGUGGAGCCUGUAUUCCAGGGAUAUGGGGUGGUCUUUGCCAAUGGGGAACGCUGGAAGGCCCUUCGGAGAUUCUCUUUGGCCACCCUGAGGGACUUUGGGAUGGGAAAGCGGAGCGUGGAGGAGCGGAUUCAGGAGGAGGCUCAGUGUAUGGUGGAGGAGCUGCGGAAAUCCCAGGGAGGCCUGGUGGACCCCAUAUUCCUCUUUCAUUCUGCUACUGCCAACAUCAUAUGUUCCAUUGUCUUUGGAAAUCGUUUUGACUACAAAGAUCCCCAGUUCCUUCGGAUGCUGGACCUGUUCUAUAAGUCCUUUUCACUCAUCAGCUCCUUUUCCAGCCAGGUAUUUGAACUCUUCUCCAACAUCCUGAAACACUUUCCUGGUUCACACAGGGAAAUCUACAAAAACUUGCAGGAAAUCAACACCUUUAUUGGACACAGUGUGGAGAAACACCGUGAAACCCUCGACCCCAGCUCCCCUAGAGAUUUCAUUGACAGCUUCCUGCUCCGCAUGGACAAAGACAAGACGGACCAGAACACUGAGUUCCACCACAAGAACCUCAUCAUGACCUUGCUCUCACUCUUCUUUGCUGGCACAGAAACCACCAGCACAACUCUCCGCUAUGGCUUCCUGUUUUUGCUCAAGUACCCCCAUAUCACAGAGAGAGUCCAAAAGGAAAUUGAACAGGUGAUUGGUUCACACCGCCAGCCAGCCUUGGAGGACCGAACUAAAAUGCCUUACACUGAAGCAGUCAUCUGUGAGAUGCAGAGAUUUGCAGACCUUGUUCCCAUUGGUGUGCCCCACGUGGUCACAAAAGAUACUGUCUUCCGAGGGUUCAUCCUGCCCAAGAACACAGAAAUAUACCCAAUCCUGUCAACUGCUCUUCAUGACCCACGUCAUUUUGAAAAACCAGAUACUUUUAACCCGGAUCACUUUCUGGAUGCAAAUGGGGCACUGAGGAAAAAUGUAGCUUUUAUGCCCUUCUCUAUGGGGAAGCGCAUCUGUCUUGGAGAAGGUAUAGCCCGUGCUGAAUUGUUCCUUUUCUUCACCACCAUCCUCCAGAAUUUUUCCAUCACGAGUCCAGUGGCUCCUGAGGACAUUGACUUCACACCCAAAGAGGUUGGUUUUGGCAGAGUACCCCCAGUAUACAAAAUUUGUUUCCUGCCCUGCACAAUGGACUCAGGGAAAAGGAAUAAAACACUGCAGGGUCAUUAA